GGAAGGCUUUCCCAUGAAAGUGUCCCUCGGCGGCACCGGCGAAAUGGGCGUCUCCGCCCACCUACAGCCCUGCAAGGCAGGAACCACGCGUUUCUUUACCAGCAACACUCACAGUUCGGUGGUGCUGCAAGGCUUCGACCAGCUCAGAAUAGAAGGCUUGCUUUGUGAUGUGACCCUGGUCCCGGGCGACGGAGAUGAAAUCUUCCCCGUUCACAGAGCUAUGAUGGCGUCCGCUAGUGAUUACUUCAAGGCAAUGUUCACAGGCGGAAUGAAAGAACAGGAUCUGAUGUGCAUUAAGCUGCAUGGGGUGAACAAGGUUGGGCUGAAGAAAAUAAUUGACUUCAUUUAUACUGCAAAGCUUUCUCUCAAUAUGGACAAUCUUCAGGACACCCUUGAAGCUGCCAGCUUCUUACAGAUUUUGCCCGUCUUGGACUUCUGUAAGGUGUUCCUUAUUUCGGGAGUCUCUUUGGACAACUGUGUUGAAGUUGGGCGGAUUGCUAACACCUACAAUCUGAUCGAAGUGGAUAAGUACGUCAAUAAUUUCAUCCUGAAGAAUUUUCCUGCGUUGCUGAGUACCGGGGAGUUUCUAAAACUCCCCUUUGAACGGCUUGCCUUUGUGCUUUCUAGUAACAGUCUUAAGCACUGUACUGAACUUGAGCUCUUCAAGGCCGCCUGUCGCUGGCUAAGAUUGGAAGACCCUCGGAUGGAUUAUGCUGCAAAAUUAAUGAAGAACAUUCGAUUUCCAUUGAUGACACCCCAGGAUCUCAUCAAUUACGUGCAGACAGUAGAUUUCAUGAGAACAGACAAUACUUGUGUGAAUUUGCUUUUGGAAGCUAGCAAUUACCAAAUGAUGCCAUAUAUGCAGCCAGUGAUGCAGUCAGAUAGAACUGCCAUUCGAUCUGACUCGACACACUUGGUCACCUUAGGAGGAGUUUUGAGGCAGCAGCUGGUUGUCAGCAAAGAAUUACGGAUGUAUGAUGAAAGGGCACAAGAAUGGAGAUCCCUUGCCCCCAUGGAUGCUCCUCGUUACCAGCAUGGUAUUGCUGUCAUUGGAAACUUUCUUUAUGUAGUUGGUGGUCAAAGUAAUUAUGAUACGAAAGGAAAAACUGCUGUUGAUACAGUUUUCAGGUUUGAUCCUCGGUACAACAAAUGGAUGCAGGUUGCAUCGUUAAAUGAAAAGCGCACGUUUUUCCACUUGAGUGCCCUUAAAGGACAUUUAUAUGCUGUUGGUGGGCGAAGUGCGGCUGGUGAACUGGCCACAGUAGAAUGUUACAACCCAAGGAUGAAUGAGUGGAGCUAUGUUGCAAAAAUGAGCGAGCCCCACUAUGGCCAUGCUGGAACAGUGUACGGAGGCUUGAUGUAUAUUUCAGGAGGAAUUACUCAUGACACUUUCCAAAACGAGCUCAUGUGUUUUGACCCAGAUACAGACAAAUGGACACAGAAGGCUCCAAUGACUACAGUCCGAGGUCUGCACUGCAUGUGUACAGUUGGAGACAAGCUCUAUGUCAUUGGUGGCAAUCACUUCAGAGGAACAAGUGAUUAUGAUGAUGUUCUAAGCUGUGAAUACUAUUCACCAACCCUUGACCAGUGGACACCAAUUGCUGCUAUGUUAAGAGGUCAGAGUGAUGUUGGAGUUGCUGUCUUUGAAAAUAAAAUCUAUGUUGUGGGUGGAUAUUCCUGGAAUAAUCGUUGUAUGGUAGAAAUUGUCCAGAAAUAUGACCCAGAAAAGGAUGAAUGGCAUAAAGUUUUUGACCUUCCAGAGUCACUUGGUGGCAUUCGAGCUUGUACUCUCACAGUUUUUCCACCCGAGGAAAACCCUGGGUCACCUUCUAGAGAAUCCCCUCUUUCAGCACCUUCAGACCAUUCUUAGGACUAAAAUGUAGUACCUUUGCAGUGCAUCAUGGAUGAUCUCACACUUCCCCUUAAAUUGUAUCUUCUUAAAGUGAUUGGUGCAGUUAUUAGGUUAAAUGGUAACUGAUGUUAUUUGUAUUGCUUGGCUCAGUGUGUUUAUCCGUAUGGUUAACAAAUGCAUUCUGAAAAUGUAUUUAACAUAGCCAGCUGUUUUAACAAAUGUAAAAAAGAUAUGUAGAAAAAUGUUUUAGAUGUCUUUGUGGUGUUGUGUAAGUCAAAUUGUAGGUGAUUGUAGUAAAUGUAUAAUUAUGUUCGUUUAUGCUUCAAAGCUGCAAGUUUUCAUCUUUCACUUCAGAACAUCGAAGGGAGGCUGCUUGCUCUGACCUAAAAUAAUAAAAGGUCGCCAAAUAUCACCUACCUCCCUUUUUUCAUAAUGGUUUUUGAUAUCGUUGACAAUUCACCAGAUCGAGUGCAUUCAGAAUAUGUGAAGUUUCCUAGAUAGGAGAAAUAAACAGCGUACAAAACCCUAAGUCAGGAUUUUGUAUCUCUGGAGAGAGGGAAAGGGAGAGAGGAAAUAUAGGUAUGUAUGCGCAUAAACACAUCCGUAUGCAUACAUACAUGUGUAUAUACAUUCAUACAGCUGUACACAUAUAAUUUUAAAAUUGAUUGGUAUUUCAGCUGUAGGAAAAUUGUUUCUAAAUUAAAUUUUUUUUUCUUCUACCUAGCAGCUAUUUCUAUCCAAAUGGGAAUUCAGUACCAGAGAAUAAGUAUCUAUGGAAUCGUACUAAAUUGAGAUAGAUAAGGGCUACAGCAUAUUAAACUGACUACCAAAUUUGUCAUUUGACUAAUUUGUUACUUCAGAUAAAACCUAUUACUUUUUCUGCUUGUGUAUGGUUUUCUAUAGAGUUGCAAGUUCAGGUUUCUGAAAGUUGGUUUUGCUGAAUAAGUUUAAGCUCUGCUAUUUUCCACCCUUUUUGUUCAGUAAAACUUAUAUGAGGAAAGCUAAGAAAGAAAUAACGCUGAGCAAAGCGAUAGGAUUUUAAGUUCAGUCUCCCAACUUAGUCAUUCUAAUGUGAUCAUUUGAUUUGGGGUGAUUGCUCCACCCCAUGUGCAUCCUGAGCUUUGUGUGACCUGCCUUAGGGCUAUGAUCUGAGCAAGCAGGAGAUAUACUCAGUUCUGUAUCAGAUCAGGAAAACGUCCUUUUGACUAUUUCUAAAGAACAGGACCAACUUCAGAUUCUCUCAGAAGCCAGCUACAGAGAAAGCGUGGAACAUUCCUGUUUUUCAGGCAGUACUAAAGUAGAUGUUCAGCCUCUAAAAUACCAAAGGCAUCCCUACUGGUUGAGAAUUACAUGGGGAGAUCUUAAUGACCUCUUUUCUGCAAAUGGAAGUCAUAGGAGUCUUGUAGGUAGUGAGUGAUUCUAGAGAGGUACUUUAUUGGAAUAAUUGCCUACCUGAAGAAAAAAUUUACAUGUGUAUAUUUACAUACAUAUUAAUAUGUAUACCCUUACACUUGGGAGAUUGUCAUAGUAUAUAUAAAUCAGGAAUAAUCUCUUUAUUGACAAUCUCAUAAUAAAACUCAGGAACCAGGACAAAAUGAAUUGGCUUCCAUUGACGGUCUGAACUUUACUGCCCAUACAAGUGUUGAUUCAUUUUAAUGCUUUUUAUGAUUUCUGCCUCGGCAGAAAAUUUCAUACUUUCUAUGUUUUUUUUUUAAUGACUAAUUUUUUUAUUACUAAAAAUAGCACAUUUGAGUACACUUAGAAAAUAGAAAAAGUAGAAAUUGAUGUUAACUUUGUGCAUUGAAUAAGCAAGAAAUGGCAUCCCAAUCCUUUCUUUAUUAAUGAGGUUAAAUAUAUGUGUUUUUUUGAGUAUCUCCGUUUCCUCUUUGAAUGUUCAUGUCCUUUACCCUUGUGAUACCUAUUGGACUUGCUUUGUUUUUUUCAUACCAAGUUAUAGGAUCUCUUUAUAUAAUAAAUAUAAUUUAACUGGCA